UCAGUCAGGUUUCUUGGCCGCUGUAUUUCACAAGCAAGUUACUGCCUGCCAGCCUGCCCCACCUAAUUUUGUUUCUCUGGCACCAUAAUCCUGCUCAAUGCGACACUUAACCCACCUGUUCUCUGAUGCCAGGACACCUGUGACAUUUCAGUUACCAUCUGUAAGCACCUGUGAGUUCUGGAGAUCCCUCUUAUUAAAAUCAUUACCAAAGAAGUCUACAAUGUUGACCUUAGCCAAAAUUGUGUUGAUUUCGAUUCUGUUCCUUUCUUUACCAUUUUCAAGUCAUGAGAAAGAAAAUCUAGGAAGAAACACCACACAAAGCAUGGCAAAAGAAUGGAAACUAGUAGAAAAUAUGUCUAUUCCACUGGAAAGAAAAGAAAAUGUACAUUCAGACAAUGAAAAUAGAAAUGACUCCAAUUCCAAGGGAACUGAUUCCCCUCUUUUUGAUGUAUCUUCACUCUAUGAAAUAAUAAAUUCCACCAAUAAUUUGCCAAUGGACAACUCCUCUGAGGUUCCAAGACUCACAUCUACAUUUUCCACGAUCCCUUCCUUGGCACAUGGCUUUGUUUCAAAAUUGCCUUUGAACUCAUCUCUAAGAGAUGAAAACCUUUUGCCAGCCUCAAAACCUCCCAAUUCUGUACAUACAAUAUCAUCAGAAAACUUCACUUGGUCUUUGGACAAUGGCACCAUGAAUGAUCCUGACAACAGUUCCCCUGCAAUUAGUCUCUUCACCCCAGCACUGAAUGCCACAGCUGAGACCCCUUUCACAAUGGAACCAACUAGAUGGAUUACAACAAGCAGUGAUAAUUUUGCUGAUUUUACCCCCUAUCAAGAAAAAACAACUUUACAGCCCACCACAAAAUUCACCAAUAAUUCAAAACUAUUUCCAAAUACUUCAGAUCCCCCAAAAGAGAGCAGAAGUACUGGAAUAGUAUUUGGGGCCAUUUUGGGGGCAAUUCUGGGGGCCUCACUGCUUAGUCUUGUUGGGUACUUAUUGUGUGGAAAAAGGAAAACCGACUCAUUUUCCCACCGUCGACUUUAUGAUGACAGAAAUGAACCAGUUCUGCGAUUAGACAAUGCACCAGAACCAUAUGAUGUCAAUUUAGGAGAUUCUAGUUACUACAACCCAACUGUGAAUGCCUCAUCUAUGGCAGAAGGUGGGGAAUUUGGGCCUGACAGCAUUCCAAUGGGUGACAUAUCACCACAUCGUACCUCGAUGUAAGCUACGAUUAAACGGCUCCAGAAGGCAGGUGCUCAACUACAUCCUGGUCUUUUAACAAACUCAUAUUCCAAGAGAUUAUGCAACAUCACUGCCACGUGGCUUGCUCAAGGAGACUGGCAAAAGCACAAGACUUGAAGCAUAAGCACAGAAAGGAUCGGUCAUCCGAAAACUUGCUUUUUUAAUCUUCAGCUGGGCUGAAGUGUGUGUUAUAUAACAACAUAAUUUGUAUUUUGGUGUAUUUGCUAGGAAAUCUUUUCUGAAAUCAGGUAACACUAAAUGAUAGCACUGUUUGAUACUCUAAUAAUAAUUCUCCAACAAAGACUGGGAAUCAAACCUACAUUUCCCGCAUCUUAUUUUUUAAGAAAACCAAUGGCAUUAACUUCAUUCACUCUUCCACCUACAGUUCAUAGCCACAAAGUAAGAUGACUGGGUUUUUGAUGGAAAAGUUGGAUGGUGAUUUAUUUUCUGUUUGUUUGCUUGUUUUGUUUUAUAUUGACAACGUCCACAAUUUUACAGACAAUAAAACCCUUUACAACUCCAGUCUCCAUCAUAUCCC